AUGAUUGACCAGCCUCAACACACCCGAGAAAUCACGGAGCUCUUCUCCGACUACCCGCCGGCCGCCAUUGGCAAACGCAUCACGCCACACCAGACCACGAGGUCAAGACCAGGCAACCAUCACUACUGCUUCGUUGACUUCAAAACAAGGGAGCAGGCGACCGCAGCCAUGACAGCCUUGGACGGCAGGGUCGUUGCCGGUGGCAAGCUCAAGGUAGAACUAGCGGGCAGCCUACCGAACAAGCUAAUGAAACACCAGGCCCGAUGCCAACCCGAGACCUUACCAUAUUGA